AUGCUCGUCCCCGCUCUAAAUAGGGCUGUCUGCAGGUCGCUAAGAGCAGACGCCCAAGCAACCCGCUUCCCUCAUCGCGCCUUCUCAUCGGCCCCCUCAAAGCACUCUUUCGCCCGCCAGACCCCUCGCCCAAUAAAUCUGCCCUUCUUCACCCCCUCAUCACGAACCUCUUUUUUCUUCCCCUCCCACACCUACAAAUUUCCCAGAUCCCUCUCCACCGCUGCUCCCAAAGCCAAGGCCGACCCGGUAUACGAUGAUAUCCCAAGAUCGCUGCCGUACUGGCUGUAUGGCUGUUCGGCAGUCGUCUUUGGGAUCGUAGUCAUUGGAGGCCUGACGCGGCUGACAGAAUCGGGGCUGAGUAUUGUGGAGUGGAAUCCCAUAACGGGUAUCCUGCCGCCGAUCACCAAAGCGGACUGGGAUCUGGAAUGGGAAAAGUACAAGGUGUCGCCGGAAGGGAUAAUGAUGAACGCCAACAUCAACAUCGACGAGUUUAAAAAGAUCUUUUACAUGGAGUGGGGUCAUCGAAUUGCCGGGCGUGCUCUCGGUAUGGGAUUCGUUCUUCCCACUCUCUACUACCUAGCCCGCUACAAGCUUCCCCGUCCCCUUCCCAUGAAGCUUCUCCUCAUCGGUCUCGGUAUUGGAUUUCAAGGAGUCCUUGGGUGGUGGAUGGUGAAGUCUGGUCUCGAUGAGCAAAUCAUCAAAGACAACACCGUCCCCCGAGUCUCUCAAUACCGUCUUGCUGCGCACUACACUGCUGCUGUCGCCCUCUACGUCGGCAUGCUCUCUACAGCUAUCGGCAUACAUCGCGACAUGAAGCUGGCCAAGAACCCGGCCAUCAUCCAGGCGCUCAACAACCCCGCUGUGAAAAAGUUCCGUGGAUUGGUUCAUCUUUCUGGGAUGAUGGUCUUUUUGACCGCUGUCACUGGUGCUUUCGUGGCGGGAUUGGAUGCGGGUCUGAUAUAUAACGAGUUCCCGUACAUGGGCGAGGGAUUCGUACCACCAACGGAGGAUCUGUACGACCAGAGGUACGCUAAAAGCGGAUCUGACAAGAUCUGGAGAAAUAUGUUGGAGAACCCCGUCACUGCUCAAUUUGAUCACCGUGUUUUGGCCACUACGACAUUCACCAUUCUCUGCACUCUGCCGUUCGCUGCCCGCCGUCUCCCCUUCAAGAGCUCUCGCCGUCUUGCAGGCCUUGCUACAGCUGCCGCCGUCACCCAGGUCUCGCUCGGUAUCAGCACUCUGCUCUACCUUGUACCGAUCCCUCUGGCUUCGAUGCACCAGGCCGGCAGUGUGCUGCUCCUGACGGCCAUCCUUGCGCUCGGAGGUUCGUUGAGAAAGCCGAGCAAGAUGAUGAAGAUGAUGCGGGUGGCGAAGAGAUAG